AUGGACCAACCAUGCUGCCAACCCGUGGCGGCACUCGCCGAAGCUGUGGCAAGAGGCGAGGACGGCGGUGACGACCGCCCUUCCCCGCCCCCCGCCGGCGCGGUCGACGAACUUAGAAUCGACCAGCUGAGUCUGAUGAGAUCAGCAUCCGAAGAUGGACUCUCCAUCUUAUCUCGGAAAUCUUCGUCCCGGCUGGAGAACCUCCCGGCCGACCUGAGGGUCCAGAUCCUCUUGAGCAUGCCGGAUUUUGAGGCCCUCCACAGGCUUGUGCACGCAUCCCCUGUGAUGUACGCCCAGUACCGAGCCUACCGCACCAGCAUCCUCAGUGCGCUCCUAGACCGCGAGUUAGCUUGCGUCCCGGCCAUCUACACCUGGUUGGAGGACCUGGUGUCGAUCGCAGAUCUGGGGGUUAUGCCUCUGACCGACGAGACACUUGCCUUCUUGAAGGACAAAUACUACGAGCGCUACGCGCGGAAGCGGCAUGUGUGUCCGAGGAUCAGCCUGGGCCGUCAGAAGCUCCGUGGAACGACCCCCAUCGCGUUGCUUAGAGACUUAGACCAGCCGUUCCCUUUCGAAAUCCGCUCCCGCAAAGGCCAAUAUCGCUUCGAGUUUUACGACACGUCCAGCCCGGAGAACUGGAGGCUCCUCCGACCGGACCUCGUCAUCAUCUGCUAUGACAUAAGCCAGCGGCUCAGCCUCAUCAACCUGCAGCGGGUGUGGAUCAAGGAAGUGCGGACGACGUUCCCUUCGAGCGACACUCUUUCCGUGCUGGUGCUGGGCCUCAAGCGGGACCUGCGGUCCGAGGACGACCUCAACGGCAUCAUCUAUCCGCAGGAAGCCUACCGAGUGGCGCAGGAGAUCCGAGCCGACAAGUACAUGGAGUGCUCGGCCGUGACGGGAGAGCUGAUGGAGGAGGUGUUCGACGACAUUUGCACCACCGCCCUGAAGACCAUCACGUCAGAUGGAGGGCAGAGUGAAGGCGGGUGCUCGGUCAUGUAG